UAAUCAAUUUACGUUUAUUAAUCUUGGGUUUUGUCGUUGGGAACUGCAUUAAAUCACAGAGAACUUUUCUCCGCUUGUGGGCCACGACCCAGAAUUGAAACAUACGCGCGAACGCUAAGAACCGUUAUCAUAUUGAAUUACAAAUAUGAAGCGAGACCAGAGAGCCGGCAGGCGUCGGUGCAGCAACUUUUUCAAGAUAUUUACGCCUAAUCGGUCGGUGAACCGUUUGUUUACCGGGCCCGGCCGCCGCGUCCGCAGCCACCGUGUGUAGGUCAGUGCCUGGUGGUGGCAGCGCGGCACGCAGUCCGCUGCCGUCGAGAGCCGCGUGCGCAUCCCGCGCGCCGUCAUGGAUAUCAGCCGACCGGACCCCUAACUUUAAGCAAAUACUUCAUCGAGCAACUGGAAAGUGACCUCUUUUCCACUGUUCUUUUUCAAUAAUGAUAGACCUGUGUGAUUGAUCAAAAUUUAAUUGUGACAGUGAUUGUAAAAAGUGGUCAGUUUCAAAGGAUAUCCCAAAAAGUGACAAGGAUUUCCGCAAAAUGGUAAUAAGAAGACGUGUCCGUCUUCAGUUAUGGUUGCCGACCAUCCUCACAGUCAUCAUAGUUCACUGCGCGAGAGGACAGUGUCCAUGGAACGACUCCCUCGACUUGCAAACCACCUGUAUCUGUGCCUUUAAUUUAGUCAGGCAACUAUCUGUACAGUGCGAUCAGGUUGAUUUUCUCGUAUUGCUAGCUGCUCUGAACUCAAGUGCACGAAAAAUCUCAAUAGAUCUUUUAUACAUAAACAAUUCAACAAUUCCAACCCUCACAAAUGAAAUGUUCGAAAAUUUAGCUAUACACAACUUACAGAUAUCCGGAUGUAAAGUAAAAAGAAUAGAAAAUAAUGCCUUUAAAAGUCAAGGCCAGUAUUUAAAGAAUUUAAACUUACAGGAUAAUGAACUAACAGAGGUGCCAGUAAAAGCAUUGCGAGUUUUAACUAGUUUAUCUCUUUUGGAUUUAUCAAAAAAUAAAAUAUCAUACAUCGAAAACUAUUCAUUUUCGACUCUACAAGACUUAACAACUCUAAAAUUAUCAGACAACAAUAUUACUCUGGAACCUCACGCACUCGCGGGUUUGGAAAAUUCUCUUAAAAAUCUUAACCUUAAAGGGACUAAACAGAAAACAGUACCUGCGUGCAUAAGAGGACUCCGUAGUCUUGCAUUUCUCGAUCUUUCUCAAAAUAGCAUUCGGGAACUACCAGGACCCGACGGUAGCCUUACUUUUGACGGAUUAGAUUCUCUCACCGCACUUAAUUUAGAAAGAAAUCUAUUAGUCAAUUUAAAAAGAGACGCAUUUACAGGUAUUAAAAAUACAUUAAGCUCAUUAAGUUUGCUAAAUAAUCUAUUGCCCGAAUUUCCAACGGAAGCGAUAGCGACAUUGUCAGACCUGAGAGUCUUGGAUAUAGGAUUCAAUCUGCUGAACAAAUUACCGACCGAUGCCUUUUUUAACAACCCAUCAAUAACUUUACUAGCAUUGGACGGAAAUCCAUUACCAACAGUUCCGGAAAAAGCAUUGGCUCACCUUAACCACACACUCAGAGGACUAAGUCUCGGCGGCAGAUUCCUAAACUGUGAUUGUCGCCUGCGGUGGAUAAUUGAGUGGAUCCGCAACGGCGAGUUGCAAGUUACAUCCCGUGAAAGAAAUCCUCAAUUCUGCGGCAAUCCACCGCAUUUUCGUGAACGCGGGUUUUAUAGCUUUGAGCCCAAUGAACUCGUUUGUGACUCAGAAUCCACCGUGAUAGCUACAUCUCCAUCGACUAUGACUAACGAUAUCAGCACAAGUCAUACCACAACUACCACUACAACUGAAACAACGACAACUAACAGUACAACUUCACCAACUACUUCAGGAGUGACUAACACCAGCGAAACAACAACUGAAGGAACAACUGCAUCAAUAUCUUCCACAACUACUAUUUCUACCAAAACGAGUCGCAUCCCAUCUUUACGGCCAGCUGCACCCACUUGGCGCCAUGCAUCUCACCAAAGACCACCCCUAGUGAUGAACUUUCCUCCCCCCAAACCAAAUAUAGACGAUUCUAAUGAAGUCAUUGUAAAAAACGCAUACAGACAGGAUAAUUCAGUUAUAAUCCAAUGGGAUUCAGAUGUGGCUAACAUUCUGGGCUUUCGCGUCGUAUAUCGACUUUUUGGAGACAAAAGUUUCAAACAGGGACCUCCUCUCGAAGCAAGCGAAAGAGAAUUUAAAAUCAAAAACGUUCCAUCUCAGGAAUGCAUUGUCGUUUGCGUGAUUUCAUUAGAGGAAGUGCACGUGAGUCCAGAAACGGUACCGUAUUCACAAUGCCGUGAAGUUCGAACUGUGUCCGCCGCCGCUACUAAUAUGGAUAAAAUAACAAUCGCGGCCAGCGCAGCUAUAUGUGGCACUAUUGUGGUUGCUGUGCUCGUGUUUGCGGCUGCAUCUCGUCGCCGCUCACGAACUGUCCAUCGAUUGCACACUCAGUUGCCCGAUAAAAUUUCGAACCCGUGUUGUGGGGGCUUCAACGGAACACCGAGCCCUAGCGGACCUCUGUCUUCGUUAGCUACACUUGCAGCAUUUGGAAAACAACGCGAGUGGGACCAAGUUUCAGCAUAUAGUGCACGUUCUAUACCAAGAGCACGUUCUUAUACUGAACCGGCAGCUCCUGAACCAUUACCGGGACGACCGGGGCGAGCUCGGUCACUAGCCGAUGGACAGUCUUCACAACACAGCUAUUCGCAUUCCGGUAGAUACGGAGCCCCUGGAUACCCAGGCAGUUUAUUAGGAUCUAGAACCGAUCUUCGACAGUCUCGACAAUCUCUGGGAGCGGCGUCGGAGCGAGCAUCUCGCUUGUCCUUGAGCGGGGCAGCAGGAGGCGCAACCAGUGGGACAGCCGGAUCGAGGAGAAGGCCGAGGUCGAGAUCGCGGCCCGCCAGUAGAUAUAGUGUAGGUUCACUAGGAUUAGGAUACUGCGAUACCUCUGAUAAUAAUUGGACAGAUCACGAUAUGGAUAUUUAUAUGGCGCGUAAUGCGACCACGAGAGGCGGUCUAGUGCCUUUAUAGCGCGCGGAAGAUGCGGUGAGGGGAGAGAUGAAGAGGCAUAGACACGGCUCACCGCCCCGAAGAGUCGCUAAGGCCCGAGCUACAUGGAGCUCGCAUAGAGCCCACAACUGCCCCCACCGGCACGCUCAUCAUCACGUCGGCACAAGCCAAAGAAGAAGUGGCGAUAUUACUUGGGAACGAUUUCAAUGUAAAAACGCACACCAUAUAAAUAAUUAAAAACCAGUGAAGAGCGUCUCUAAAUGCAACCCUACAGAGUGUGCAAUAAAUAGUACAUGAAGUGUACGAGUACGUAACAAAAAUAGGAGAACUUUUUUGUAUAGAAUAUUGUAUUUAUAGUUUUUAUAAUAAGUGAAAAGCUAUUCUACAAUUGUAAAUCUUUAAUAUAUUACUGGUAUUGAUUAUCGGUUUAUAGUGAAUUAUUUACCGGAACAUCAGGAAGUUCAUAGAAGGAAAUCAAUUGUAACUUUACCAUUUGCCAGAGUAGAUGAACAAGCUAAAGCAAUAUUUACAAGUAUUAAUUGAAAUUACUAGCAUUUAAACACAUACCGGUAAUUUAGUUGUAAUAGGAAAAACAAUUUGCAACAAUACAGAUUUUCUAUUUCAUUUCUUCGCUCAACUUAAGCUACGCUAAGCAUAAUAGGUACUAGUAUUUCAGUGAAUACAGAAUAUGGACCAGUGGAUAUUAUAUUCCUGUCUCCAUUACAUGCCUAUUGUAAAACAAUUUUAUCAUCUAAAAUGCUUUAUUUUUAUUGUACAUAUAUAACUAUAGAUAUGUUAACACUUAAACAAUUGAAGCUCAAUCCGAAUGGUGCUAUAAUUAAGUAAAAUAUUU